GUCGUCAAGAGAGGGCAUCCACAACGCGGUAGCUUUUGCUGGGGGUAUGGCAAAUGGUGAAUGUCAACUGGGCAAGGAAGUCUAGCCAGCGGGCUUGGCAUGAGUGAUAUCUUUCUUGGAGAGGAUGGAGGCGACGAUGGUGUUGUCAGUGCAGAUGGUGAAGUAUUGCCCGUCGAGGUACAGCCGCCAGACUGUGAGCGCGUGAAUCACGGCGAGGAGUUCCUUCUCGUUGGAGGGGUAAUUCAUCUCCGCGGGAAGGAGUUUCUUGCUUGCGAAGGCGAUGGGGUAUUCGCCAGGUGCAGCUUCGGGGUGAGUGGGCGAGUCCUUGAUGGAGGGGGUCUCAGCGGUGUCACGGAGGAAAUGUUGGGACAUUACGGCUCCGAUGGCGAAGUCGGAGGCGUCAGUGGUGACAUAGAAAUGGCGAGUGGGGUCAGCGAUCUUGAGGACAGGGGCCGUGGUGAUGGUUUGCUUGAGACGUCGCCGAUGGGUGGGCUGACAGACGCGAUAUCGAUGCCGGGACAAUGUCCUGGGAACUGUGUUCAUGAUGAGGAGGGAACCGCGCUUGCCGAGGGCGGUGAUGUGGAGGUUGCGGGCCGAGUGGAGGCGGACUGGCGGGUGCAUUGUGUGGCGUUGGGGCAGUUGGUUUGUUGGUGGCCCAAUUGGCGACAACGGAAGCAACCCCCGUUUGCUUGGAGGUGUGGUAAACUCGUCCAAGGAAGGGAUGGAGGUGGUGUCUUCAGGGGUGAUGUGAUGGAAAAAGCGGGUGCGGGAGGGGGCGGGCGCGAGACGGUGAUGGGGGUGGAGGAGUCGAUCGUGGUGAAGCAUGCGAGAGAGGAGGUCAGCAAGGGGCAUGUCGGGUUCGUGGGCAAGGGCGGUUGCAAGAUCUUUGUGGCAUACUCGUUUGAUGCGGGAGAUGAAUGCAAAGUCGGGAAUGACGGUGGUGGGGAGGUGGUGGCGGAGGGAGCGGACAUAUUGGACGAAGCGGUCCGUGGGACCGGUCUGGCGGAGGUGGCAGAAUUGUUCAAGGUAGUCAUCAAUGGUUUUCUGGGGGCGAAAGGUGGCGGUGAGAAGGUUGGCCCAUUGGAGGAAGGAGUGACGUGGUCCUCCGGAGGCUCGGCGGUUGUUGACUUCAGCCAUCCACCAUUUGGCGGCAUUGCCGAGGAGGCGGGAGGUGGCAAUAGGGAGCCAGUGGGCAAGGGGCAUGUGGUGGAGGUGAAAAGAGUUUUGGAGUUGGGUUAGGAAGAGGAAAACGUCCUCGUGGGGGAGGCCGGAGAAGGACAUGAUUUCGCCGGAUCGGAAGGGCGGGGGAUUUCCCCGUCGC